CUAUUAUAAAUACGCACGGAUCCAUUCCAUUUCUACGUAUACACUCUCUCUGGCGUAUCCUUGACGAACCCAUACACGCCUUCCCGCACUGACACCUAUACCAGAGAAACGUAUUCCCCCAUUUGAUUGUAAUCCCAGAUUUAUAAACCCUAGUUCUUUAGUGUAUUUCUUUCUUUUUGGAUUCUUGUAAUGUGGGUUCGGGUUUUUUCGCAGCAAAUUCUUGGCGGAUUUUGAGUUUUUUUUUUGGGGGGUUGGUUGGUUUUGGGUGAUUCUUGUUUACCCAGAAAGAAGGGAUUUUGAAUUGGUGUGAAUGGCGGAGCGAACGGGGAGGUUCGGAGUGGGUUACGCCUUGGCGCGGAAGAAGCAGGCCAGUUUCAUUCAGACGUCUCUGGUGAAUCUUGCGAGGGAGAAGGGGAUCGAUCUCAUCCAGAUCGACGCCGAGAAGCCGCUGGCGGAUCAGGGGCCCUUCGAUUGCGUUCUCCACAAGCUUUACGGCGACGAUUGGAGGCGCCAGCUGGAGGAGUUCGCUUCCCGGAACCCUAAUGCCCUCAUCAUCGACUCCCCGGAGGCCAUCCAGCGCCUGCACAACCGUAUCUCCAUGCUCCAGAUCGUCUCGCAGGUUGAGAUCGACUGCCAGGUGGCGUCCCUGGGCAUUCCCAAGCAGACCGUGAUCUACGAUGCCCAAAUGGUUUCUGCUCUGAAGAUGGAGAACGAAGGUCUCAAGUUCCCAGUGAUUGCCAAACCCCUAGUGGCUGACGGAAGCGCCAAAUCACACAAGAUGCUCCUUGUCUUCAACCAGGACGGGCUUUGCAAGCUCAAGCCCCCCAUUGUUCUUCAGGAGUUCGUCAAUCAUGGGGCCGUCAUCUUCAAGGUCUACGUCGUUGGGGAUUAUGUGAAAUGUGUCAAGAGGAAGUCCUUACCUGAUGUCAAUGAAGACAACUUAGGGUGUCUUGAGGGUUACUUCUCAUUUUCCCAGGUCUCUAACUGUCGCACCGAUGAGAAAAACCAUGACAAGUACUGCAAGAUGAUGAACUUGGAGGAUGCUGAGUUGCCACCAUUGAGUUUCCUCACUGAAAUAGCCAGAGGGCUUAGAAGAGAAACAAAGCUUCAUCUUUUCAAUUUCGACGUGAUUAGGGACAACAAGGUCGGUAAUAGGUACCUUGUUAUUGACAUUAACUACUUCCCUGGGUAUGCGAAGAUGCCUAAUUAUGAGUCUGUCAUGACUGAAUUUUUCUGGGAUGUCUUGAGUAAUAAGAAAGACAAAAGCUCCGAAGGUUUCAGGUUUGGGCUUGAGAAUGAGAUGAGGAUGCUGGUUGGAAACACUGGAUAUGAGGAUGCCGAGGUGACAUUACCCAUUUCACCACUUAAGAGGGGGGAGGAGAAGGAGAAUCCUAUCGAGGUGUGAGGAUAUGGAACGGGCCUUUUGCAAACCCUGAAGGUUUGGCCAGAAAAGUUUGAUAAAAAACAGUGAUCUUUCGCUUGGUUGGCAGUUUUUCUCUUUUUAGGUAGAGAAGAGGUAGUAAUAACUAGGCUCUUGGCUUUGUUCCGCCCCCAUGAAAGAACUUGUUGAAAAUGUACAAUUCCAUCUUUGAAGUGGGAGAUAGCUGCUUUGCAAAUACUCUUUCUCUAGGAAAGCUAAGUUUUAAUUCAAAAUGAAAAUGUAUUUCCUCGCUCAGAAAAUAUCUUAAUACUCUGCCUUUGGUAACUUUGAUAAUUGGAUUUUGCUGGUUGUAAA